UCCUACCACCACCAACAGGUUCUUUUUCACUCUUAACGGCUAGUUUUUCCAUUGUAAUCCCAUUUAACAAACGCUAAAAUCCAUUUCUUUGCUUACAAAAUUCAUUUUCUCUCUCUAGCCGUUAGCUGGCCUUUCCAACUUGGAACUUUUCAACCCUUUCUCAUUUCCAUAUCUUUUCUUAUGAUAAUAAUAAUAUAAUAAUUAUUUUCAUUUUCUCUCAAAUUUACAAGUCUCUAUAUAUAUUCCAUAGUCUCUUAAUUGUCAGUUCAGAAACAAAAAUGGAUUGCUUGGUCUUGCCUGUGUCAAUAUUAAGAAAGCGCUACACAGGCUCUCGCUUAGGCUACCGGGCGUUAACUGAAGAUUUUGAACCGCCGGUGACGGUGGUGGUGGGGAAAGAGAAGAAAGAGUUCUUGGUUGAUCCAUUUGUAUUAGAAGAGAGCCCGUUUCGACUUCUGAUAGAAACGGUGAAAAAAGACGAUGAUCGUACGUGUACGGUGAUGAUGAGAAGAGAAAAGAAAGCGAUCUUCGUUGACGUCGAUGCCAUUUUGUUCGAGCAUAUGUUGUGGUUAUUGUACAAUGAUUCUUCUUCUUUGUUUCAGCUUAAUCUCAAGGAGAUUAUUGACUUCUAUGCUCAAGAUUAUUAGAAAAUAAUGAUGAUUAAAGGAAAAUGUAAUUAGCUAUACAUGUAUUAUGAUCACUAAUUAGUAUCGAGUUUCAGGUUCUGUAUAAUUAAAAAUACAGUCGUGUCCUUGAUCAUGUAAAACCUAGAUUUAUAGAGAGAUUGUUGUGUAGCACCUGUCCUGUACUGCAAUUUCCAAAUCACAAUUAAGGAUGUAUGACAUUAAUAUGUAUUGUUUCCAGAAUUGACAACGAAAAAUAAGUACGGUAUAUUAUUGAUA